AUGUCUCACUGUGGCCUCGUCAAAGUUAAGCCAAUUGGAUUAAAUGAGUCCGAACAAGACGUUAAGAUCAGCACAUCAGAACACCGGAAAAUCCUCUGGAGUCUGGAACCUUUAACUAGGUGGAUGUGGCUACUGGGAAUUCCAAUUCCUCACUCACUGGAAGGCUCUGAUUGUCGGCUGCCCAGUCAUCUCUAUCGCAUCUUUUGUUUCUCUAUAGUAUUGUUGAUCCAAUCAAGUCAAUUAAUCCACAUCUUUUAUUACGCCGAGGAUGUUUCAAUGGCUUACAUGAGCGGAUUGGCAACAUCGGCCUUGAACUCCGUCUUCAUCAUUGAAAAUUUUUGUUUGGCCGUUUACAUCGUCGGCAGUCAUUUUGUGUGGGUGGCGGCCCUACUAGUCAUAGAAAACAUUUACAACAGCAAUUCUGUCACACGCAAAAUUAUGGACGUGUCUGGCUUUCUGAACAAGAUUUAUCCAGCUGUCCAGCUGGUCUUGUUUUGCACCCUAACAGGAGUUGUUUCACAUCAACUAAAAGCCAUUCGCAAGCGCAUAUCGUCGGCUCCACCUUCGGUUGGAACUCAGCGUUCCCAACUGAUUGCUCUCCGGAAUCACCAUCGCUUAAUCUGCAAGACGGUUCGCAAACUAAACCGCUACUUUGGAGUCUUUCUGACUAUUGAAGUCGGCUACGUAUUUGUCAUUUCCAUUACUUCUUCUCUGUACAUCCUGUUGGGCGGGAUGAGCAUUGACGGGCUCUUGGAACUGUUGAACGGUUCCAUUUCGAUAGAUGUUUUCAUUCACCUCUUUCUUCUGACUUCUUUCUCCGAUGACAUCGUCAGUCAGACAGAAAAAGUCUACGAGGCCUUGUUACAGUUACUUUAUCACCAGCCAUCGUUACAAAAUGAGGUGUCCUUAUUCACUGAGCAGCUAACGCACAUGAGACCCCAAAUCAGUGCAUUCGGUUUCUUUGUAGUGGGCAAACAUCUUUUACCAUCGCUAAUAGGAACAACGUUGACUUACUUCCUUAUCCUCCUGCAGUUUCAUUCAGCUGAAAAACCAUCAUAA